AUGGGAGCUUAUCCACAGCCCUCAGAGGAUGAUAUUGAGGCCUUCCGCGCACUGCUUCCAGACGUUCCUCGUGAGGAAGUGAUAGCCAGGCUCAAAAAUAACAACUGCAAUGUCGACCAAGCCGUAGGCGAAUACUUCGAUGAUCUCGACAAUCCCAAUAGAAACAAGUAUCGUUGGGAUGAGGGCCAAUUUAGUGGCGAGAGAGAUGGAAGUUCCGGGAACCAUGGAAUCUCGUUUGAUAUACAAGGCCCAGAUAUCAACGGCCCGUACAGCCAAUUCGAUACAGCUCCAUCAAGACCACCAUCUCGAACGAGCAACAACAAAUCUCCCCUUGGUAAGAUCAUAGAUAUGACCGCUCAGGCUGCAGUUGCUGAUCCGAGCACUUCGAAGACGUAUAUGGAACACGGGGAUCGCGACUUAGAGCAGGCACUUGCAGCGUCUCGAGCGGAAGCCGGGCUACCACCACAAGAAAGCGGGAUCGCCGCCACGAACGAAGUUCAUUUUGGCCCUGCCACCCGUACUCAAUAUGAGCAAGGCAAAUGGGAGAUGGUUCCUAUUGGGAAAUCGUCCGGAGGAAUAAUGUUAGACCCGGAACCUGCUGGACGGAAGCGUGACAUCGAUGCUCCCCCUUUCCUCAAGCCAAGCAUUGAAAACCAUCGUCUAGGCGCACUCUUCACUAUUUACCACGAGAUACCUAUCAUCCGCGAAGUCUUCCUUAAUCGAAUAGACGUCAUCCCAAAUUAUGGCUUUGAUAAAGAAUGGUGGACAGGCAAUAUAAUAGAACAGCCUGUCGUAAUUGGAGAUGAGGAGCCGCCCGAGCGUGAAGUGGUUCGGGAGAUCCAACGUCUUAUGGCAUUCCUUGAUAAGACAGACCGUGCUUAUGGGUCUGUAGGAGCCUUGUCAUCCCUCCGCGAAAUCAACAAAUCCCUACGAUGGAGUUCUGAAAUUGAGUCUGCUGUUCUGGAUGCGUGGCGUAAAGCCUUGGAAGAUAACCAGGCGGUCAUCAACAAACUGUUCAGUAGAGGGGUGCCAUGUGAGGCAGAAGAAGAUCGGACUAAAGAGUUUGCUAUUCUCGAGCUACUUUUGCCAGCCAAAGACUCAUUACAAGAAACGCUCUAUGAUAUCGCCGAUGAAGCGUUGUGGCCGGCUCUUGGACCCCUCGAUCUGGCCCAGAGCCCCUAUCUUUCUCAUAUUGCCGACGUCAUCGCCUUCAAGAUAGAUGGAGAUGACUCGUCGAAAAGUAUCGACAUCCCUGCGAUCUGGUAUCCCGAUCGGUAUCUAAAAUCAGCGAGGCAGGCGGCCCUAGACAUGCGACUCCAAAAGCAUGAGAUUGAGGAUAGUCUUCGGAGAUUUUGUGCUCUGGAGGGUGAUCUCACGAACUACCCCAUGCGCGGAGGUAAGGUCGUCAAGGUGAAGGAUUUAUUCUUAGCAUCUCUUAAACAUGACGAGGCAGAGAUACAGAAUGACGAUCGAACUCUGGAGCGCACCAAUGCGGAUGUGGAUGAACUUGCUACAAAGCGUCCUAAGAAGUCGAGGAACCUUUCAGCUGAGCUUCGAAAGCUAGUUGCCAGCAUAGAUAAGAAAUUAUCAGCUCUGAAUUCGGAGAAGGACAAGGCCCGUGAAGCCUUGAAGAACCUAUCCAAGCUAUACACGGAACCUUCAACGGACCCCGAAGCAGCAAAGCUUCAUCCAUACUCCCUUCGUGGUGUUAGCACCACCAAGAACACAAUGUAUGUCUGCAGGCGUGCCGAGCCAAACUUGAUUGAUAUGGAUCUGGAUAACGAUCGCAUAACCUCUUACGGUGACCAAUGGUGGAGAAUACAUUAUGCAACAGUGGGGCACAACCCCGUUACAGUCGAGCAAACGACUAAAGAAAAGGUUCUCCAAGCUGCCAAGAGCGAGAGCAAGAAUACAGUGUUGGUCUAUGCGAGCGAGAAAGCGAUGGACUUCUCCAACAAGCCCUUGCCUAAUUCAUUGGAGACAUUCGUCCGCGCCGACAACCGGGCUUUCAAAGCCGAAUUUGCGGAAACUGAAGAUAGCCAAACUCAGUUGUCAUCUCCGGGCAAACGGAAAUUUGACGAGCAGUCUGAGGCUUCUCAGGACUCGGGAGCUGGCCGGUGGAAUAGUGGUGGCGGAAGCCCAAAGGAGCGAGAAAGCAGCUCCAGUGUGCUAGAAAGGGAGUUAGGUGGUGCCGAUGGCCCGCCCUUGGAUGAAGCUCGUGUGGCUUCCCAAAGUUUUUCAACUCGUCUAACAGAUGUGCCAGAGGGCAGCACUGAACUACAUGGCGACGAAGUUAUCGAGGGGGUUGACCCAUCGUCGCCCAACAAGGGGCAAUCUGCGGCACAGGAAAUGCAAGAACGAGGCAAUAUGAGGCUCAGUCUAAUGGCAGGAAGUAGACCUCAUGCAAAUGGCGGCAAGGCAAAUACUAUCGAUAGCAUGGACUUGGAUGAGGUACUGGAGGACUCGCGCUCCAUGGAAGAGAGCGCAGCUGUGAAACAAGUUGGAUACUCCAAAUGA